AUGGCGCACCAUGAUUGCCUGAGCAAUCAUGGCCCGAGCACUGCUGGUUCCGAGCAGCCGCGCGGGGGCUCCUCCAGCUGGCCCAGGUCCUCUCCAGCUGCAUUUCCCCAGCCGGGCUUCAAAGGGAAGCAGAUUGAGGAGUGCUGCGACCCCGCGCACCUGUUCGCCAUGACCAAACUCAACUCGCCCAUGGGCACCAGCAUGUGGUACGACGGCGAGCUGCUCCACUCCUUCACCAUCGACAGCGCCACCUUCGCCCUCUUCCCCCAGGUCACGCCUGCGCAGCUGCCACUACUGGCUUUUUCUGUGUCAGGAAGUGGGGGUGUGGCUCAAGAGGUAGAGUGCCACCGCUCAUUCUCAAAUGCUGUUUUUCCCCCUUCUGUUUGUAGAUGCAAUCUCCCUCCCUUGUCGAGCGAGUACACUAAAGAUGUGGGCUCCAAAACGCAUCUGGUGACAGCCAAUCCCAGCAUCAUUCGGCAGAGAUUCGAGAACCUUCUAUGGUCCAGAAAGAGCUUCGUGGAAAGCAUGAAGAUCUACAAACACAGCUACAUCUACAUGCCCGCGUUCUCCAUGAAGACGGGCACCGAGCCGUCGCUCCGGGUGUACUACACGCUCACCGACGUGGGUGCCAACCAGACCGUGCUGUUUGCCAACCCCAACUUCCUGAGGAGCAUCGGAAAGUUCUGGAAGAACCGGGGCAUCCACGCCAAGCGCCUGUCCACGGGAUUGUUCCUGGUGAGCGCAGCCCUGGGCCUGUGCGAGGAGGUGGCCAUCUACGGCUUCUGGCCCUUCUCGGUGGACAUGCAUGAACAGUCCAUCAGCCACCACUACUACGACAACGUCCAGCCCUUCUCCGGAUUCCACGCUAUGCCCGAGGAGUUCCUCCAGCUCUGGUUUCUCCACAAAAUCGGGGCGCUGAAGAUGCAGCUAGACCCCUGCGAGAGGCCCUCGCUCCGGCCCACCCCCUAG